AUGUACCUCACUCUCUACUGCCUCGUCACCCGUCUCCCUGACUCUCUUCGCGCAGUCAGGGACCACUUUCUCGCCCUCUGCCCUACUGAACUCACCGUUGACCUGCUCGAGAAGCAUCGGCUUGCAGCUGAGGCUAGCAUAGUCGCUGAAGGUGCCUCUCGCGGCGACCCCCGCACGCCUUUCUUUGAGGGGUGUUCCCCUUCCCCCAUUCCCCCCUCAGACGCCUCUGCUGCUGCUGUCGACAACCUUGGUGCUGAGGAAGUCGGGGCUGCGUCUGCUUCGAGUGGGAGGCGCAAGGCAGCAGGGGCAAGGGAGGCAAGGGUGGUGGAGGUGACGGCGAGGGAGGCGGUGGUGGAGGCGGUGGGGGCGGUGGGGGCGGUGGCGGGGGUGGUGGCGGCAACGGUGGUGGAGGUGGCCGGGGUGGAGGAGGUGGUGGUGGCGGCAGUGGGCGUGGUGGCGGCGGCAGAGGUGGUGGUUGGGGUGGACCGGCGCAGCGUGGAGUGUUGA